AAGAAGAGGCGCUUCUUCUUCCGAGCGGGAGCCGAGGAUGUGGUGGUGGGAUGCGCGGGUGACGACGCUCUUCAAGAGGAACCUCCAGCCCACCCUGACCUACUGGAGCGUCUUCUUCAGCUUCGGCCUGUGCAUCGCCUUCCUGGGGCCCACCCUCCUGGACCUGCGCUGCCAGACCCAGAGCUCCCUCUCGCAGAUCACCUGGGUGUUCUUCUCGCAACAGUUCUGCCUGCUGGUCGGCAGUUGCCUGGGAGGCGUCUUCAAGAGAACGUUGGCUCAUUCUCUACUCGCCCUCUUUGCAUCGUCACUUGCAAUCUCAGUGGUUUUUGCCAUCAUUCCUCUCUGCCAUCAUGUGGUGGUGCUUGCAGUGGUCAUGGCCGUGGCUGGCUUGGCCAUGGGGUGCAUUGACACACUCUCCAAUAUGCAGCUGGUGAAGAUCUAUCAGAAGGAUUCAGCUGUCUUUCUGCAGGCCCUUCACUUCUUUGUGGGCUUUGGUGCCCUGCUGAGUCCUCUGAUAGCUGACCCUUUUCUGUCAGACACCAACUGUAUCCUGACAAAUAGCACAGCCAACAGCAGCAGCAACCUCCCUCACAUCCGGAAAUCGCUGGUCCCCCACCAUCCUGGAAACCUUUCCCAUUAUGACCUGCCCACCAAAGGACUGGUGGUGACCCGAGUGUCCUACGCUUUCUGGAUUAUGGCUUUGAUCAAUCUCCCCGUGCCCAUUGCAGUGUUCCUUCUGCUCUACAAAGAAAGGCUGGUGCCUUGCUGCCAUAAGGACAGCCCCCCCUUGCUGCCUGCAGAUGAGCUGGCAUUGGAAACGCGAAUAGCUGACAGAGAUGACUCGUCUACUUCCUCACCAAAACUUCAGUCAGAAAUAGGGCACAAUGACCUCUUUGGUUGCUGCCAGAGCAAGAACUUCAGAGGAGCUCCUUACUCCUACUUUGCUGUCCAUGUGACUGGAGCCCUUCUCCUCUUCAUGACUGAUGGGAUCCUGGGCGAGUAUUCUGGUUUUGUAUACAGCUAUGCUGUGGAGGAGCCCCUCUCAGUGGGGCACAAGAUGGCCGGCUAUCUGCCCAGUCUCUUCUGGGGAUUUAUUACACUGGGCAGGCUCAUCUCCAUCCCUGUGUCCUACAGAAUGAAACCAGCAACCAUGGUUUUCAUCAAUGUGGUUGGAGUGGUUGUAACGUUCUUCCUGCUACUGAUCUUUUCCUCCAGCGUUGUGUUUUUAUUUGUGGGGACAGCUUCCCUUGGCCUGUUUCUCAGCAGCACUUUCCCUAGUGUGUUGGCUUACACAGAAGACAUUCUUCAAUAUAAAGGUUGUGCCACUACCGUGUUGGUGACAGGAGCAGGAAUCGGAGAGAUGGUUCUACAGUUGCUGGUCGGGUCGAUCAUUCACGACCUGGGCAGCUACAGCUUCCUGGUCUGUGGCACCAUCUUUGGAACCUUGGCCUUUAUUUUCUACAUCUUCCUCCUGUUUUGCCACAGGAUGCACCCUCAUCCCCAAUCAGAUAUGGAUCUAUCACCUGACAAACCACCACCAGUAGGGGAACAUGGACUUUAUCAGAGCUAAGUUUGUAUUUGGAUCUAGCACACAAGCCACUCUCCAACUGAAAGAUUUGUUCUCGCCACCAGGGUUUAAAACUACCUGAAUUUUCUACAGCCAGACUUGCUGGCUACAACUCUUCCCAUCAACCAGUCAUCCAUUAUUACCAGAGAAAAUUGACUUCAGCAAGAACCAAAAGUCAAACUGCAGAAUACCAGAAGGGAAGUUUUAACUCCUCUGGUAAACUCCUACAUCCAUUUAGGAGUGCAGGUUUGGGGGGGGGAGGAGUAUCAUUUUAUAGGCCUUGGGUGGGUUGGGGGUCUCCUAGAGUUUUUGAGCAGUAUAACCAGGAGGCAGGUAUAUACAGGGGAUACCCCUUCAUAAUGUGAUAAGCUGCAAACUGUUCCUUCCAGGACAAUAAAGAAACUCUGUCCCUGGGCUUGUAUACAGCCAGCUAGAAUUUUUUUAAAAAAUUGAUCAAAUAUUGACCCAGGGUUUCUGUAAUCAAAUCUUGCAUCCUCAGAUGAGAUUUUACUAUGUCCAUGUGGUGGAAUGGUCCAGGUGAUGGUAUAGUAUAGCUGAUGAUGGCUAAAGCUCUGUUGAGCUGGAGUAUGCUGAUUUUUCAAAAUUAGCACAGUAGAAGGAAUAAGAGGUCCUAACUUUUUUAUUAGACAGAAUGGCCUAACUCCUAUGAAGUAUGAAAGUUCUGAAGCACAUGAAGCCAAAUGUCAAGUUUUUCCCCCAUUUGUGCAAUAUAAUAAUAGGUGCCUUCCAGGAGUAGAGCUUGAGAGGUACUAAAUAUCCAGACAGUAGCAGUCAUUUUCAUGGCUGCUAUAAAUGAAGGUAUUGGGACAAUUUCAAGACAUAGUUCUGCUAAUGCUAAGUUCAUUUUUGUUGCAAAUGCUGUCCCAUGGAUAUACUUGUGUAUGUAGAUAAAGGAAUGUUUUGAUAUUGAUUGUCAUUGUCGCAUGAACUCGUGGAGUGACUUAUGAUGGGGCCCAGCAACUUCACUCAGAGUUUGUUUUUCCCCUUCAGGAGGCUUGUUGCACUGCUCAUUUCAAAAUUGUACAUUUAUAGGAAUUUGUGUUUCCAGUCAGCUUACAGAUUGCUAUGUUGCAUGGGUAUGCACUUUCAUCUUUGAUUUCCAUGUUGUUUAAACCUUAAUAUACACCUUCCUUGAUUACAGAGCUUGUGUGUUCUUCUGGCUUUUGUAUAGCAUGGACACUGAACCUUUCUGGAGGACCAUUUGUGUCUACCGGCCAGUGGGAUUCUUGGGCUAGAAUACAAAAUUGACUGUAAUCUGAUUCAGCAAAGCAUGAUCUUCAACAAGACAAAGCAGGAAAGCCUCCUUUAACAGGGGUUAUUGAACCUUUUGCACUUGACAGCUAGACGUUACUAGAACAAGUACACCCAAGGCUUGGGUGUUCAUGUUCCCUCCUUCCCAGACCUGCAAGGAGAGUAUAAGCAUCUCCUGGUUUGUAACAAACCACAGUUUGCUAGGUGUGAACCAAACCAUUGUUUGAUAUAAACUUAACACUGGAAGCCUUUUAUCUUAUCCUACAAUACACAGUGAGAAAGGCAUGCAGAAGCCUAUGUUUAUACCUGCUUGUUCUUAUAUUUUAAAAAAAAACACUAUUUGGUGUUACAUUUUAAGGUGUUUAGAGUGCAACUUUCUAUGUAAAAAAAUCAGAAAUAAAUAUGUAUUUUGAGAUCAUAACUUACGACAAGACAUGAAUUAUAGUUUAAACUGUAUAUAGCA